AUUAGGAAAAACAUCGGGUAGGUAUGUUUCCCCGGGAAAUGUAGCUUCCAGUCUGUUGCUACAUACGGCCACUGGACAACGCAUCUGGGACGUCGCCUGAAGGCAACGUGACAAAGUGAUUACCAAUCAAAAUGCCUCACGAUAACGACACUUUCCUAACAAAGGAUAGAGAUGAGGAUGGGUCCAAAUAUCGAGCUAACUUUGAGCUGUACCCUUAUGUGGAGAACCAGGAGUAUGCUUUGUUCAAGGGGAAGCUGUUCGGUGAAUAUGGGGAGAAUGGUGCCAGACACGGUGAACUUUGUACCGUGAGGACUUCGAUGAACAGUCAUCCUCGCUUCCAAGACUGGGGUUCCUACAUGAUGUGCUCCAAGCAGGCAGCUCUUCUGGCAGCGGAGUUCAACAAGCUGCUGAUGCCCAGGACUAAGGUGUCAUUUUCCGUUCCUCUUCGAGCUCAGAUGGACACUGCCUGGAAUGCAAAGUCUUUUAUUGGCUUUAUCAUUCUGGCGUUUUGGCCGCACCGGAAACGUCUAAAGGAGGGCGAGGUUGUAGUGGUUGAAGACUUUCUUGGUAAAACCACGUCUCUUUAUAUCAGUGAUACUGGCUUUGUGGGUCCACAGGAAAGCGACGUUCUGCAAGCAUUUGGACACUUCACGUGGAAUUUCACCAUGGGCAGGCUGGUCAUCUGUGGACUACGGGGUGUCAACAGGAAGGGCCACUUCCACCUCAGUGAGCCAACCAUCCACUCGGUCCCAUCAGGAUCUGACACUGAUAUUGUGCAGGAUUAUGGACCAAGAGACAAAGGAUUGGAUGGGAUUGCAUCUUUUUUCAAAUAUCAUCGUUGCAAUGACAUUUGCCGGAACAUGCCAAUGCCGACUGCCUUGAAUACAUAAAUGGUUAUCGUGAAGUACAUGGCACUGUACAUGACAACUUUCUAUGGAGGGAUGACCUCCUUGGCUAAAUCAGAAUUCAAUUUGUAUUAUGAAAGGCAAUGUGAACCGGAUCAGUUUAGAAUGUAUUCUGGUUAUAGCGAUCGUUGGUAAAAUCUACAAGCAAAAGUAUGCUCCUGACAAACUUGAAAUGGAAUUUGUUUCUAUUUGUGUAUUUACGCCUACUUCUAGCAGAUAGAAGUGUGGAAAGGGGCACAACUCUUGUUCCACCCGUGUCCCUUCUGAAAGGUCCUAUGUCCAUACAUAACCCGACACGGAAGUUACAAGGAGACUGUUUUAUCAGUAUAGCUAACAAUGCUCCCAUAUUACAUUGAGCGAAUCGCAUUUAAUGACUCAGACUGCCACACACCACCAAUACAACGAAUGCAUAUCAUUUACCGUAUUUCCCCUAAUAACCGCCGGGUUUAAAGCAGUGGUUUAAGAUAUAAUUAAUUACACCCAGUAAGCGCAAUAAGC